AAAUUUUUGACAGGAACGGACAGGCGAUAUAAUGUUAUUUGUUAGUUAUUUUUUGUAAAUAUUUGUUAAAUAUGCAAUUGUAGAAUGUGAUCACAAUGGGUGGCUGCAUCGGAAUCACAAGGAGAGGAAGUGGGCCUAUAGAGGAAUCAUCAGGGACGGUGUCGCGGCCUAAUUCAGGGGGGCUCCGCAAGAACCAGUCGCUGUGCCACGAGACCAUCCGGUGGAAGUCGGAGGUGCCGCUAACGGAGGGCCAGUUAAGGAGCAAGCGGGAUGAAUUCUGGGACACAGCACCGGCCUUCGAAGGCCGCAAGGAAAUCUGGGAUGCGCUACGGGCGGCGGCCGUCGCGGCCGAGGCCAUGGACUUUCAGCUGGCGCAGGCCAUCCUCGAUGGUGCCAGUGUCUCAGUGCCCAAUGGAUACCUCACAGAGUGCUAUGACGAAUGGGGGACCAGAUAUCAGGUGCCGAUCUACUGCCUGUCGCCGCCCAUCAACAUGGUGCUGGAGACGGCGGGGCGCGACUCCCCCGCGGAGUGUUCGGAGCCGGUGUGCGGCGGCGCCGAGCGCGCGCUGCGCCUGCGGCUGAGCCACUCGUGCAGAGACGUCGACCUCGCCGUGCUCGAGCGACACACCAUCGCGCAGUGCAAGAAUAAACUACAUGCGCAAGAAAACAUCUCCCCGUGGCGGCAGCGCUGGUUCUACGGCGGCAAGCUGCUAGCCGACCGCCUGCUGGUAGAGGAAGCCAACAUCACGCCCGGGUACAUCGUGCAGGUGAUCGUGAGCACGGAGCCGCAGCCGCCGAGCUAGUCGCGCGGCGCCGCCGCCCGCGCCGCUGCCACAGGCUCGUCUCGUCCUGUCUCGUCCUGUCUCGUCGCGCCUCGCGUCCUGUCGGUACCCAACACUAUCUUUUUGCAUUUGGUACACAUACAGUCAGACAAUCUCCGUUGGCAAAUAGUCGCGCCUUUUAUAUACUUAUUAUAAAAUUAUCUUCUCUUACAACUACCCUAUAUGCUGCGAUAGGUAUAUAGGCGACGUAUGUUAGACGGCCCGAAUCCUCCCUUCGCGCUUUAAAUAGAAGUAAAAAUAUUUCAUACGGGGAAUUUGAUCGUCAUUAUUGCUUGUGACGUUUUCAUGUUAAGUGUAUCUAGGCUAUUGUCCUUUGUCUAAUAAGACAGUUCCAAACAGUCUCCUUAUUAGACAAUUGAUAAACAAUACUAUUACGUUUUAUCGCCCGUCUUAUUUGAAACUUUGCAGAGUUCCAGCCAUUACAAUUUACUAUUGCACAUUAAUGUUUUAUUGAAAAUAAUAUUCUAUUGAAUGCAAAUGAUGACGUUAAUAUUUCUUAUCAAAUGCAUAUAGUGUACAGUGCAUAAGAAAUUAAAAAAGAGCUAAUCGCUUUAAUUCUCACGCGUCAGUGUCGACGCGACAAACAGGACAAAGUUGAACCAUAUCAAGGACAAUACGCGAGCCAUUAAAUAAAAUACCGGCUGUUAAUGUAGAUAUAUAUUUCAAUGCAGCCGUCGCGGCACGACUCACGCGACGCGACAGGUACCGCAGGCGGUUAAAGUCCACGAUACUUGUCGCGUAUACUUAGAUACCGAGCGCCAUGCCGCAAGUGCAGAUAAUAUACUAAAACCAGCCAUCCUUAUCGCGCUAAGAAAUUAAAAGUGUACAAUUAUGUAUUUAUCACAAUCGAAUUAUUGUAAAGUAAGGUAUAGGUAUACUGUAUGCCAUAUCUAUGAAGCGUUUCUUUGUAUCUUACGUGACUUUAGACUGUUGGCCUUGUGUGGGAUGGACCUUGCUAGCUCUAGAGUUCUCGAAAGUUUCAGUGUCCUAAAGCAUUCAGAAAUUCAUCGGAGUCUUAAAGCGUUCUGACGUCCUAAAGAUAGUUUCAGAAUGCUACGGGGCACUAGGAGUAUUCUAGAGGUUCCAAAACCUUUCUAGAGACCUAGAGGCCUAGAAGGCGUCCUAAAAAGUUCUUCAGAGUCCUAAAUUGACCUAAAGUCCGUCUUCGCAGGGCCUUUGCUGUCACAAACACUACAUGUAUAUGUAUACUUAGGAAAUAUGAAUUACAUUUACCUACAAAUGCCCCAAUGUAGCGUACGACUGUAUUGUUACGGCGAGUGAAAUAGAUAACGACUAUCAAUUAUUUUGGAGAUUACAAGCAGGUGCACAACAUAAAGUAUGUUACAGUCGGCAACGAAAGUUGAUGGACAUGUUUUCGAAAUACCUACUAAAGUUUUGGAAAAACUAGAUGAGUUCAUAAACUUUUGUUGCCGGCCGUAUAAACCAGUAAGCUAUCUUGAUAGAAGGGUUACAAACACAGUCUGUAUCUAUGCGUAUCCUAAAAGUAAAAUAAAACCCAUAAAAUUCAAUAAAAAACAGUAUAUAGUAGUAAACAGUAAAUCAAAUGUUUGAGUUGGCGAUUGUGUGUGUGUGUAAGGCGUGCACACAUAUAAACCGCAUUCGAUACCCUUUUACAAAGAUAGCUCGCUAUAACCCUAGGUCUUAUACUAACUUUGUACCAAGCUGUAUUUACAGGUACUACACAGCGAUUCGGACGCAAUAUUUAUAAAUGAUUAAACUUACUUUAUUAGUGGCGCCGCAGUUAUAUAUAAAUCGCCGCGCAAGGAACUGUUAAAGUUGUCAGAUAAUUGUGAAGAAGUACAUAGUAGGUUUUUUUAUGUAUAGAUAUUAUGUCUUGUUAUAAAUGAGUCAAGAAGAAUACGUACGCAAUCUUGGGCAUAUGAAUCUACUGCUUUUUGAAAGCUCAGACUUUU